CUCUGGGAGAAGAAGCAGGAGAGAUAAAAAGGGGGAAGCGGGAGGACGAAGCAGCCAAGGGUUUCGAGCCCGGGGACAUGCUUCCUCAAAGAGUGGUAGGGCUGGAACCCGGGCCGCCGACCAGGAACCGAUGCACCCGGCCCCGGACCGCGUCGCGUUUAUGAUUUUUCUGUUUGUUUUUGUAGAUCGGCAGAGUUGGCUACAGAUAGUAGUUUCUCACAUCUAUAAAAGACCGAGUAAUUUGCACCAUAAUUUGUGGGAAUUUUUGCGGCUCUCAAAUACAAAAUAUGAGCGAUAAGGAUUUACAACAAGACCUAGUCCAAUCUGCAUACAGUUAUCCAAGUAAUAGCAUUCCAUGGUGGAAUUCAUGUGGACCACAUAUUUUGUUGUACCCCACCACCACUAGCUUAUUUGCCAACAUGAACCCUCUGGCUUCUGAUCAGAUAAAACAAGCUGGAAAUCAGAUGGAGCAAGAAUCAUCAUCUACACAGUCCACUGGUUGUUCCUAUGGUGAAUUAUCAAAAGAAAGUGAUGAUAACCACAAUGAAUUGGGUCUCUCAGCUCAAUCUGGUUCGGUUCAGAAUAAGAUAAAUGACAAAGGUAAUGAACAUGCAAAUGAGAAACUCAAAGAGGGUCAGACAAAACUGGUUUUACCAGAGGAGAAAUCGCAAGUUUUGACCGGAACUACAAAAUUUGAUUAUAGCCAGUCUCUUUCUUUUAUUCCAUAUGCUUAUGCUGAUGCACAAUACACGGGAGGCUUAGCUGCUUAUGGUUCUCAUGCUGUUGUUCAUCCUCAAAUGAUGGGCAUGCCACCUUCCUCUCGUUUUGCAUUGUCGGUUCAGCCUUCAGGAGAAGAACCCAUAUAUGUUAAUGCUAAACAAUAUCAUGCCAUCCUCAGAAGGAGAGAGCAUCGUGCAAAGUUAGAAUCUCAAAGCAAAACUAUUAAAAUUCGCAAGCCAUAUCUCCACGAGUCUCGGCACCAGCAUGCAAUGAAGAGGGCGAGAGGUACCGGCGGAAGGUUCCUAAACACCAAGAAGCUUCCGGAGCUGAAGUCUCAGCAUUCUUCAAGUACCGCAGGAGCAGCCCAUUUGUCCGGCUCUGAUAUCCAGCAGAAUCUUGGCUUCUGCUCCUCUGAUCAGCAAUCGCAGUAUGAGAGGAUCAUUCAUGGAGAUUGUGAUGGCUUCUUCAACAAUGCCCCCAAGCUUCGGGUGCCUGUUAACAGGUAGAAAUGGAGGUUCUGUUGUGGCAAUUCAUCCUUGGCUUUGGUGUUGUGUUUUCAUGAAAGGUUUUAAUGGCAGCUGAGUCUGAGAGAACGUGUAUUUGGACUCUAGGAGUCGAAGCGUUAGGAAGAGGAUUGUUAUGUUAAAUCUAGUUUAAUAUAAUUAGGUGACGACUGGACGAAAUGGAGUAAUGUUUAAACUUUUGUUUAUUUGUCGUUUCAUAACAAUUUGUAAUUGUAAGAAAGAGAAGUGGUAAUGAGCUGUUUGCAAAUUUAUAAGUUAUCACAUUUAUA